AUGGGAGACAUGGGAGACCCACCAAAAAAAAAACGCCUGAUUUCCCUAUGUGUUGGUUGCGGCAAUCAAAUUCACGAUCAGUAUAUUCUGAGGGUUUCUCCGGAUUUGGAAUGGCAUGCGGCGUGUUUGAAGUGUGCAGAGUGUAAUCAGUAUUUGGACGAGACCUGUACGUGCUUUGUUAGGGAUGGCAAAACCUACUGUAAAAGAGAUUAUAUCAGGUUAUACGGCAUCAAGUGCGCCAAGUGCAGCAUCGGCUUCAGCAAGAAUGACUUCGUGAUGCGCGCCCGCGCCAAGGUGUACCACAUCGAGUGUUUCCGCUGCGUGGCCUGCAGCCGCCAGCUCAUCCCCGGCGAUGAAUUCGCGCUGCGGGAGGACGGCCUCUUCUGCCGGGCGGACCACGACGUGGUGGAGCGGGCCAGCCUGGGCGCCGGGGACCCCCUCAGCCCCCUGCACCCCGCCCGGCCGCUGCAGAUGGCAGCAGAACCUAUCUCUGCCAGACAGCCAGCUCUGCGACCCCACGUCCACAAGCAGCCCGAGAAGACCACCCGAGUCCGGACUGUCCUUAAUGAAAAACAGCUUCACACCUUGAGGACCUGCUACGCUGCCAACCCCAGACCUGACGCCCUCAUGAAAGAGCAACUGGUAGAAAUGACUGGCCUCAGCCCGAGGGUCAUCAGGGUUUGGUUUCAAAACAAGCGGUGCAAGGACAAAAAAAGGAGCAUUAUGAUGAAGCAACUUCAGCAGCAGCAACCCAAUGACAAAACUAAUAUCCAAGGGAUGACAGGAACUCCGAUGGUGGCUGCUAGUCCGGAGAGACAUGACGGUGGUUUACAGGCGAACCCGGUGGAGGUGCAGAGUUACCAGCCGCCCUGGAAAGUACUGAGUGACUUCGCAUUGCAGAGUGACAUAGACCAACCUGCUUUUCAGCAACUAGUUAAUUUUUCAGAAGGAGGACCCGGUUCCAAUUCUACUGGAAGUGAAGUAGCAUCAAUGUCCUCUCAGCUGCCAGAUACGCCCAACAGCAUGGUAGCCAGUCCCAUUGAGGCAUGA